GUGCCUCAGCCGUACGGCAGCGCUGUCGAUUUACGACCAAGUUGUGUCAUGGUUGUCAUGUUACAUUCGUACACACUGACAGCUGUCCUUGAAAUGAUCCGGGCAACACGAUCGUUUUAAGGUGUCUCUAAACUCUAAUUGCAGUAGUUUUUGCUGCUUGGUGUUCAAUUUCUCCAGAGCAAAGCCAUAUUGUUCCCCCGAAAGCGGACGUCAAAGAAAAGAACCCCAUGGCAUCUAGCUUCCUCAAGUAUGCGGUGCUUCUUCAGAAGUACAGAACUCCGUUGCUCGUGGCGAGCUGCGGUGGCGUCUUUGCGGCCAACAUGUUCUACCACGUAUUCCCUGACGUGUCGUACCGCCAGCUCUACCAGGCCUGGUCCAAAGGAGAGCCAGUCACCCUUUCUGACAAGCUAGAGGACCUUUUCCAGCAGGUGCUAAAAGACUACAGCGGUAGCUCAUCCAAGAACUUCUCUGCCUUCGCCUCCUUUGGUUUUCAUCCAGUCAGUGCUGGUGUCCCAUGGCUCCCUGCAGGGGCCCACAUUGGCAUCCCAGCGAACUUUAACAGCACGGACGAUGACCACAGUGGCAUCACGAACCGGACUAUUUUCAUCAAUGGCAAAACUGUGGAGUGGGACAGUGAGAUGGGCACGGCUCUCAAGGACUCCCUGGUGUUCUCCCUCCAAGCGCAGAAAUUCGCCAUAGCGCGAGAGGUGGCACGUUUGCAUUCAGGCGCACCCAUUGUGAGUGCUGCAGUUGCCCCUUUUUGCCUGGGUGGGGUUUGGGUGUACAGCGUGGUGCUGAAGCAAGUGUUCAGCCUUCACGCUGGGCCCGCUUUGUUGCGUGGAGCCGUGAAUCUUGUGGCGCUGGGGCUUGGCGCCGUAUCCUACUUCCUCACCUUGGACGCUGUCACCCAGUGGUCCGAUUACAGGUCAGACCGGCGGGCCGCCGGGGUCUCCCGUGACUAUGCGAAGGGCGGGGUGGAGUUUUAUGACAAGAUUCUGUCCAGAAACAAAACCCUACGUGCACUCAUGGGACAGAAAGGAGAAGAGAUGUAUGCGCCCAGUGGGAACUUGUUUCCCGCCAACAUCCUUCAACUGAAGCACACGCCGUACACCUCAAGGAGGGAGGGCAUCCUCGCGCUAAUGAAAAGGGACAAGAUUUAAGGUUACUGUACUUCUAUAGUAGUAGCAUUGUAAGCAAAAAAAAAAAAAAAAAAAAACGGACAUUUGACUAUUUUCUAAUUUCAUAUUAUUUUCAUAGAAAUUAUCUUAUUAGGUUAACAAAAUGUGCAUGAACCUACACACAUAAUUUCCUUACAAAUUUCAGCAAUCAACUGAAAAUGGCCAAUUAUUAUGCCUGCCAACUGCAGUGCUUAUUUCCAAUUUAAGGUCGGGCAGUGAAAUGACAGCUUGUAAGUGCUGCAAUGCACACCACUCUCUUCAUACAUGAAUUAAACCUUGCAAAAGAAAAAUAA